UGCCAAAAUAUCCCCUAAAGCCAGAGUACCCGUCACAAUGGCUUAUCUUUUUCUCAUGGCGCCACAGCACUGAAAAUCCGAACCAAAAACCUCAUCUCCGGCGCUCAAACGAGAACCGACAUCGCCGGAAUGGCUCUGUCCACCGCAAGGAUAUCAGAGCUCCCAUUCCACACCCCCAUCCCCUUAUGCUCCCACCCCUCCUUCUCCAUCUCCUUCUCCCUCUCCCUCCGCCGCCGCUUCCGUUUCCUCUUCUCCUCCUCCGCCUCCCUCCGCACCACCCACUCCGACGUCCCAACAAACCCCCGUGGCGACGAAACGCCCCGGAAACGUUCUGACACUGCUCUCCGCCCCAAACCUCCUUCGGCGCCAUGGCUCCGGCAAUGGAGCCCUCCUGACACUCAAAUCAGUGAGCAGAAGAUCUCCAAAGAGGAUCGCCUUUGCUUGGAUCGCUCCGACGGCGGUAGCACCUCUAUUGAGAGAAUCGUUCACCGGCUGCGCAAUCUCGGGCUUGGGGUUGAGGAUGAGGAGGAAGAGAAGGAGUACGCCGACGACCAGGCACCGUUGGAUGGUGAAGAGCGAUUGAGUGAGUUGCUGCAGCGCCGCUGGAAUCGCCCAGACCUUCUUGAGAUUGAUAAUGUGGUGCUCCCGUGGGAGAGAGAUGAGAAUGAUGUCCGGCUUUUGGAUGAGGAGGACGGUAAGGGUUUGAAGAUGAGGAGGGUGAGGGCGCCGACCAUGGCGGAAUUGACAAUCGGGGACUCGGAGCUCAGGAGGCUGAGGCGGCUUGGGGCGACGCUAAGGGAGAGGACCACUGUGCCGAAGGCUGGGGUUACUCAGGCUGUGCUGGAGAAAAUCCAUGAGGCGUGGCGAAAGUCGGAGCUUGUGAGGCUCAAGUUUCAUGAGGAUCUGGCACAUGAUAUGAAGACAGCACAUGAGAUAGUUGAGCGUCGCACAGGAGGACUGGUUAUAUGGAGAUCUGGAAGUGUUAUGAUAGUUUAUCGAGGAAGCAACUACAAAAGACCUUCAAGCUUUCAGCUUCUUGAUGCCCAAGCCAUUUCUAUUAAUGAAAGAGAUAAGUUAUUUAUUCCUGAUGCUUCUGGUGCUGAUAAGUUGCCUGGUGAUAAUCAAGAUUCGUUUAUCACUGUUGAGAAGAUAAAACCAUCACCUCUAAGUAUUGAGGCUGGUGAAAAUAUGACGGACGAGGAAAUAGAAUUCAAUCGCUUAUUAGAUGAUUUAGGUCCUCGCUUUGUUGAGUGGUGGGGAACUGGAAUUUUACCUGUAGAUGCUGAUUUACUGCCUCAAAAUAUUCCUGGCUACAAGACACCGUUUAGGCUUCUUCCCAAUGGAAUGCGGUCACGUCUUACAAAUUCUGAGAUGACUAAUUUGCGGAAGUUGGCAAGGAAACUUCCCACUCACUUUGCUCUUGGGAGAAACAGAAAUCAUCAUGGCCUUGCAACUGUUAUUCUAAAGCUUUGGGAGAAGAGUUUAGUUGUCAAAAUUGCUGUCAAACGGGGGAUUCAAAAUACAAACAACAAAAUAAUGGCUGAAGAGCUAAAGAAACUGACCGGAGGUAUAUUACUGCUUCGAAACAAGUUUUACAUUGUUAUAUACCGCGGGAAAGAUUUUCUUCCUCCAAGCGUAGCAGCUGCUUUGGCUGAAAGGGAAGAGUUGACGAAGGAUAAUCAAGAUGUUGAAGAGAAAACACGCAACAGGAUAUCUUUGGAUCCUUGUACGGAAGGCAUUGAAGGACAUGCACUUGCAGGUACUUUAGCUGAGUUUCAGGAAGCUCAAGCACGAUGGGGAAGAAGUAUAUCUGUUGAAGAGCAGGAAGAACUGAGAGAAGCAGCUUCGCGGUUCAAGGCUGACAGGCAAUUGAAAAGAAUUCAACAUAAGCUUUCUCUAGCUGAAGCUAAAAAGCUACGAGCUGAGAGAUUGUUAGCAAAGAUAGAGACAUCUAUGAUUCCAGUCCAUCCUUCUGAUGAUAUAGAAACAAUAACUGAUGAAGAACGUUCCGUUUAUCGUAGAAUGGGCUUGCGGAUGAAGGCAUACUUGCCCCUUGGCAUUCGCGGUGUUUUUGAUGGUGUCAUUGAGAAUAUGCACUUGCAUUGGAAACAUAGAGAACUGGUGAAACUGAUCUCCAAACAAAAAACUCUUUCAUUUGUUGAGGACACAGCUCGACUGUUGGAAUAUGAGAGUGGUGGAAUAUUGGUUGCAAUUGAAAGAAUUCCCAAAGGCUUUGCAAUUGUUUAUUAUCGUGGAAAGAACUAUCAACGUCCCAUCAGCAUAAGACCUAGAAAUCUGCUAACGAAGGCAAAGGCGUUGAAACGUUCAGUUGCACUUCAACGUCAUGAGGCACUCAGUCAACACAUAACUGAGCUGGAGAAAACAAUAAAGCAGAUGAGAUUGGAUUUGGGUUACCCAGAAGUUGAGGGAGAAAAUUCUUGCGAAUCGGACCAAAUAGAAUCUGGCUAUGAGUCAUUCGAAAACCAUGUUGGAGAUAUUGAAUCCUCUAUUGUGUCUGAGAAUGAUGAUGCUAAUAAUGAAAAUUUUGGCGAGUUUGAAAAUAUGGAGUAUUUGGACAAGUUCUAACAGAGAAUUUAUUUCGGUGAUGAUAAUCCAUCAAAGUGUUCUAUGCGUGCAUCAUGUAACAAGCAUCAAAGAGUUACAUCAAAGAGUUGUAUUCAGCUAUCAAGAGUUUAUCCAAUAGAUGGGGGCUGUCUGCCUUGUCUUAACAAGGUAGUUCUCUGGUUUUCCUGACUUUGGAUUUACUUCAAGCACUUCAAGUGUGGCUGUUCACUGUUCAAAUGCUAGUUUAAUGUUUUCACCAUUUCUUGUUGCAUUGUGCAUUACUUUCUGUAUCUAGCGCGUAUUUUGCUGACAUGAGUAACAAUUGUUAGCUAUGUAUUUAUGUUUUUUGUAAAUUACAAAUUCAUUGAUCCAUUAUACAUUGUUCCUCUGUAGAGGCUAUCAAAAUCCACCAGAAAACUCAUUUUUUUU